AUGAAGGUUACAGUAUGUUUUGGUCCAGUUAGAGUUGUAGUGCCUUGCGGAGAUGGAUUCAUUACGGUGCGUGAUCUUAUACGUCAAGCAACACUUCGUUAUAAAAAAGCAACAGGAAAAGGAGCUGAUUCGUGGGUUGUAGUCCAAAGUUUGCAAACUUCUGAUGGUGGAAUUCUCGAUCCGGAUGAUAGACUUAACGAUGUUGCUGACGACAGAGAACAAAUCGUGGCUACAUUUUCCGAUGGUGAUGGACCUCAUCACGGAGGUGGAGAUGGUGCGAGUGGGAGUUCUGUCGGAACCGGAAGUCCUGAUAUUUUUCAAGCGAGUGGAGAUGCAAAAUGUUACCCUCAAACGUCCGAUAUUGAAGUCACAAGUGAACAAUUAAUUUCUAAUGCUCUUCAAGUAAGGCGAGGAAGUGAACCUGCGCUAAACCAGUUGGAAAAUUCAAAUAAUGUUUCUGGAUUCAUUUCAGGAGCACCGCCUAGCAAUUCAGCUAAUAAAAGGUGGUCGGCUGCUCCUAUAAUCACCGAUGUGGAUGACACCGUAGAUCAUUGUAAAAACGUAUUAAAUGGAUAUUCAAAACCUAAUUGGAUUUGUCGGGAAGAAGAGGAGGAAGAUGAUGAUAAAACAUUAAUAUCCCCGUCAAAAUUUCAAAGAGAUGGUUCCAAUAGAUUAUCCAUGCAAUUUUUACCGGAAGAAAUAGGGUUAAAAUGGACGGAGAGAGCUAAUUAUGACAGAGGAAGCAGCAGAUCCUCUCAUUCCUCUUUACAAAGAGACUUUAAAAGGAGGGAACCUCUCGGUCAAGCAAAUUCAUUUAAUUCUUUACCGUCUAAAAAGUCAGAUAAUAAUAAUAUUUCUGAAGAGGGAAAUUUGAAUUCCGAGUUCGUUAUUUUAAAAAACGAAGUUGGGCCAUUGGGAAUUCACGUUGUUCCAGACUACGAUAGCGAUGGUAGAGAUAGAGGUUUGCUUAUACAAGGAAUAGAGCCUGGAGGGAGAGUCCACAAAGACGGUAGAUUAUCCGUUUCAGAUCGAAUUAUUGAAAUAAAUGGAUCAAAUUUAUUGAAUGAGCCAUUUCAAAAAGUACAAGAAAUAUUUAAAAAUUCAUUGUCUUCCGGUGAAUUAUGUUUAAAAGUAAUUAAAUCUAAUAAAACAUCAUCCAAUAGUAACAUUUUAACUAGGCAGCAAUCUUUUUCAAUACAUUCUUUGGAUACGAAUACGCCAAAUGAUAAUAUGGUAGAAGGACAUAAAAAAAUUAUGAACAAUUCUGCAAAAGUGGCCACGGUGAGUCCUACAAAAAAAAUACUUCACGGAGGUUCUACCGGUGGUAACAUCCUACAAUCAGCCAACACGAAAAAAAUGGGGAAAAAAAUAGAUUUAGAACUUCUCAAGGGACCGUCCGGUUUAGGGUUUUCAAUUACAACGAGAGAUAAUCCUGCCGGAGGAAAAUGUCCCAUAUAUAUUAAAAAUAUUUUACCACAGGGAGCAGCUGUUGAAGAUGGCCGUUUGCGACCCGGAGAUAGACUUUUACGCGUGAAUGAUAUCGAAAUGAUGGGAAAAACUCAACCCGAAGCUGUUGCCAUUUUACGACAAGCUCCAACAGGAUCAAUCGUAAAAAUAUCUGUAUCAAGGCAAGAAGAUAUUCAUCACAAAGAGAAAAAUACAAAGGAUUUUGAUGAAAGUCAAAUUUUUCCUUGGCGUCACAGAGAAAUUCUUACUUUUGACAUUCCCGUACAUGACACAGAAAAAGCUGGUUUAGGUGUUUCGGUAAAAGGAAAAACUUCAGCUAAUCAAAAUCAUUCCAAUACCAUGGAUUCUUCAUCCACUUCUAAUCAAUCAGUAGAUUUAGGUAUUUUUGUAAAAAGUGUAUUAAAUGGAGGUGCAGCAUCUAGAGAUGGACGUUUAAAAACCAAUGAUCAAUUAUUAAACGUAAAUGGUAAAUCUUUACUCAAUCAAAGCAAUGCAAAUGCAAUGGAAACAUUGCGAAGGGCGAUGCUUUAUAUAGAAGGUCCAAAACCUGGCAUCACUCCCGACCAUUCCAUAUGCAGUGAAACCUCAGACUCGACGGUUAUUUUUUUACCACCAUCGGAUAAUUCAUUUAAAUUCGAUAAAUCAAACAACGAUUCUUAUAUGAGCAAUAAUAGUCAUAAGUCGCAAAAAUUUUCCUCAUCCCGGAAUCCAGUCAUAGAUCGUUUAACCGGCCAUCUUCCCAAUCAUCCGGCAAACAAUAAUGCCUUGAGAAACGAAAGUUAUUACAGGGCGACACACGAAACGACAUGGAACAUUAAUAACGUGUCCAAUCCAAAUGGAAAACAAUUAAAUAGCCCUACAAUAAAUCCCGUUGCUGCUGAACCGGUAUUAAUAGAAGAAGAUUAUCAAAUGGAUGCCAAUACAGUCAGAGACUCUUCUAGAAAACCACCUGAAAAUUAUAAAAUUUCCGAUUCUAAUCCUUCGAAUAAUAAUAAUAAUCAAAAUUUAACGGGACGAGAUGUUGCUUAUGCUAGCCAAUUAUCAUUAGAUGAAAAUGCGGCAGGAUUUUCACGGGAUGGAAUCGGACGUCAGAGUAUGUCUGAAAAACGACAUGCGACAUUAGAUGCCAAAAAUACCGAUACGUAUAGAAGGAAUAAGAAAAAGAGAGAAGAAAAACAGCAGAAUUUGCAAACGGAUCAGACGAAAGCUAAAAUCAAAAAUGUAUCACGAGGAAAAUUGGACAUUGGGCCUGCUCUAGGAAUGAAAAAAUCUUCAAGUUUAGAAUCUCUUCAAACAAUGGUUCAAGAAGUUCAAAUGGCUGAAGACCUUGAUCCAGCUUAUACGUAUAGGAACGGGCAGGGUGCUAUUAGGGUUGUCAGAGGUAGAGGAUGCAAUGAAAGUUUUAGAGCUGCCGUAGAUAGAAGUUACGAAGCACCUUUAGGUUUAAGAAAUCACAUGGAAACCCAAGAAGAAAGUUUUGGUGGAAGUAACGAACCGGAUGAUUUUAAUUCUUUAAGCAGAGGAACUCCGCGACAGUUAUCAUUAAACGCUAUAAGAGAUUCCAAACAGCACAACAAAAAGAAAGCCGGGUUGCUUAAAGGGAUCGGAUCGAUGUUUAGGUUUGGAAAACACAGGAAAACAAUGGAUUCGGAAUAUCAAAUAGAAAUAGAUGACGAAGAUGGUGAGGAUUUUAAAAAGGAAGAAGUUAAUCCGGAAAAGGUAAAAGAUGACGCAAGAAUUGCUGCUCAAGAAGAAUAUGAAAAAAUUCAAGAACAAUACCGGAAGUUAUUAGUGAGGCAACAACAGGAAAUUCAAAGUAAAACCAACGGCGUACCUAAUUACUUUGAUCAAAAAUAUAAUGUUAAAGAAGAUGAAAAAAACAUUAGGGGUAGCUAUUCGAGAAAAUCCAAUCCCGUGGUCAGUGAUCCAUACAAGGAAGGAAACAAUAGGAAUAUAUAUUCGUCUCAAAGCCAAAGACUUUUAUACGAUGAGGAUUUGAAUAGUUGUAGUUCUGCCGAUCAAAAACCUAGAAAAAAAAGUUACGAUUUUAGUGAUAAGGAGACGGAAUGGCAGAGGAAAUUUAGCAUGGAAAAUAAAAGCAGCAAUAAUGAGAAAAAGGGUGAUGAGUCGAAGGAGAGUUUAUCUCAGAGUAGGAGCGAACGUAUACAUCAAUUAAGAGCAAAACAUCAAAAGAAACACGUGGAAAGAAAAGGACAAUAUCCUUUUGAUGAUAAAGAGGAAAAGUUUGAACAAGCCAUUCAACAGAAAUUAGAUAAUCCAAAGAUAAAUUUUCGAUCUGAUAAUUAUGACGUAUAUGGAGAAAUGGGUAGACCUGGUAGCAGAAUGGGAAUAACGGAUUCGGCUAAAUUUUCACAUUAUGUAAAUUACGAAGAAAUUCAACAUCAUCUCAAUAGGAAAAAACAACAUUAUCAUUCUCAAAGAAGGGAUAAUAGAGAAAUUCACCAAAGACCCGUAUCCAAUUAUUACGAAUACGAAUCCGUACAAUCCGUCAUGCAAAAUCGUCACAAUAAUGCACAAAGUCAAGAAAAUAGAAUCAGGAUUAACCAAGGAGGGAUUCAAAAUUCGGAUUCGUUGCCUAGGAAUUUUGAAAAAGAACAAAACAGCAGAGUUUACACAUCAUCCCUUCCGAGAAGAAUGGAACUGGAUGAUUUAACAACUUGCAAUUCCGUUAAAAAAACCGUUAAUUAUUUAAAUAAAUUGAGCUCAUCCGGAAGUGGGCCUGUAGGUAAUUAUCACUAUGGGAAAAAUAAAAAAGAAGAAGGAAGAACGUCGUCGAGUUUAAGAACGAGAGGACCCUACAUAUCUCAAAUAACGAUAAAAGAAAAUCCCAACGAGAGCUGA